AUGCCAGGAUUUGAUAAGGAUCAAACUCUCAAUAGCCCUUUAUAUCCAUUUUCAACUAAUUCAUUACUUGCACUAUGUUGUUAUCAUGGAUCAGUCAACUGUUUUAAGUUUUUAAUAACAGAAUUUGACUCACCUAUAACACAAGACUGCCUUCUCUAUUCAUUUUUGAGUGGCAAUCCAGAUAUUAUCCAUAAAUGCUUGAAAGCAGAGCAACCUAAUGAAACUUGCAUGGAAUAUGCAAUUAUUUCACAUAAUAUUGAUUUUGUAACUUUUUUGAUGAAUGAAUAUGGUCUUGAAAUCAAUUUAAUGGAAUGCAUUAAAUAUCAUAAUUUUCAAGCCUUCCUAGUUUAUUUAGACCAAACAGAUGACAUUAAUCAAUGUUUUAUUUAUUCCGCAUGUUUUCAUAAUCCAUGUUUUUGUGAAUACUUCCUUUCAAAGGGUGCAGAUGUUAAUUCAAAAACCGAAGAUUGGGGACAGACAGCAAUUUUUUAUGCAACAGAAUAUGAUAACGAAAAAACUGCCGAAUUCUUAAUUUCUCAUGGUGCAGAUAUUAAUGUAAAAGACUUUUAUUCUAAUACUGCUCUUCAUCGCGCUACAGAUUAUAAUUACAACAAUGAAGGAGCAAAAUUUCUUAUUUUGCAUGGUGCAGAUGUUAAUUCAAAAGAUUCUGAUGCAUACACAGCUCUUCAUUUGGCAGCAGAAAUUAACAACAAUGAAAUGGUCGAAUUUCUUGUUGAACAUGGUGCUGAUGUUAAUGCAAAAAACAAAUACGGCGGAACCGCUCUUCAUUUCGGAUCAGUACGUAAUAACGAAGAAAUUGUUGACAUUCUUAUUUUGCAUGGUGCAGACGGUAAUGCAAACAAAUGUUGUAAGAGAAUUGCAGCCACCAAAAGCUGA